AUGGACAUGCUUCUGGAGUGCUCCAUAUUCAUCUUGGUCAGUGCUGAUAUGGGCAACUACUAUCAGCUCUCUGGGGUUCCUGUGCAUGAGGUGAAAUUGGAUGAACCUCAGAAGAGCAACAUCGCAAGAGUCAACGCGGAUAAGCAAGCGCUCACCAAAUCUUCACAGCUCAAGAUUGAAAGCAAAAAGCCUGGUGCUAUUACAUUUGUACGCAGUCGCAUGCUGUAUGCGAAAGCAGCGCUCAACGCGAAAGGUGGUGUGAGAUUUGGCAUGCGCCAUAUUCAUGUUCUCAAUCGAUGCACUGAUCGAAAAGACAAGCAAGAGACAGUGCAUGUCAUGCGGUAUAUCUUCCCGUGUCAGUUCGGUUUGCACAACGUCUUCUCUUCCAAGGUGGAUCAUCGUGAGACAGCCAUGCCGUUCAAAGACUACACGCUGCGCGAGAAGGAUAUACAUACCGCCAUGUGCCGAGAGCUAGGCCCCAAAGCAACAGACGCCCAGGAAAUAGCUAAGUGGAAACAGCGAAUUCCCAAGAGACUCCGGGGUGACGCUGUUAAACUGGUGGACAAACUUCGGGGGGUACCCGUGUCAACGAAGCCAGAUUGGAGGAAGAGCGCACUACAGCCGAAGGCAGAUGUACGAUCAGUCGCAGAUCCAGUCAAUCGUCGCAAGAAAGCGCGACCUACUCCUGGAAAUCCCACCGUUCAAGAAACCUGUUUCACAGAUCUGGCGUGUCCAGCAGCACACGUAUCGGCCUUUUGUCGCGCAGUCAUAUCCAAAGUUAUACCGGAAAGAUUCUGGGGCAACGAGCAUAACCAUCGCACCCUCAUGUAUUGGGUGGACCAGUUCGUGGACAUACGCAGAUUCGAAUCGCUUAAUUUACAUCAGGUUACACAGAACAUACAGAUCACGAACAUAGCCUGGUUACGCCCACCCAGCCAAGAUGACGAUACAAAGGUGUCCAAGUCGGACAUGGAUAAACGUACGGAGAUAUUUCUCGAGUUCGUCUACUGGCUCUUCGAUUCUUUCCUCGUUCCUCUGGUCCGCACAAACUUCCACGUAACGGAGUCCAACGCGCAUCGGAACAGACUUUUCUACUUCCGCCAUGAUAUCUGGCGGAUGUUAACAGAGCCCGCUUUGAAGGAACUGCGGAUGAACAUGUUCGAGGAGAUGCCUACUGAAAGCACGGAAAGACUGCUGUCCGCACGUCAGCUCGGCUUCAGUAAUGUCCGUCUUCUUCCGAAGAAGCAGGGUUUCCGGACUAUCAUGAAUCUCAAGAGAAGACAGCAGGUGAUGCGAUAUGGUACUAUAACUCUAGGACGAAGUAUCAACUCGGUGAUGACACCAGCUUUCAAUGCGAUCACCUACGAGAAGGUUGAUGUUCAGGCUUGCUUCGACACUAUACCACAGUCACGCUUGCUGCGUAUGAUCGACAGUCUCAUGUCGAUCCAGGCUUACAACACCGGCAAACAUGUGGAGAUUUCCCCCCUGGGUCCUCUACAGCGUCUCGGCGGUAAACAUGUGGACCCAAUGCCUCUCAAGAAGUACAUACCGCAUACUGAGGCAGCGACGGGUGUAACGCCUUUUCACCAACUCGUGCAAGAUAGAUUGGCGGGCACAAAGGCCAAUACCAUCUUUGUUAAUACCAACAUGCAGCGGCGCGAGACCAAGGAUGACUUGAUGCAGCUCUUACAGGAGCAUAUCGAGAGAAAUGUCGUUAGAAUCGGGAAGCGCUUCUAUCGCCAGAAGACUGGUAUACCACAGGGCUCAGUUUUAUCGAGCAUCUUGUGCAACUUCUUCUACGCUCAACUGGAACGCGAUGUGCUUGGAUUUGUGCUUGAUGAAGAUUCAUUGCUUCUUCGUCUGCUUGACGAUUUCCUCUUGAUCAGUAUCAACGAAGAGUAUGCUCAGCGCUUCGUAAGCGUUAUGCACAAAGGCCACCCGGAAUACGGCGUGGUGAUAAAGCCUUCAAAGUCGAUGGCAAACUUCGAUGUCACGACAGAAGGAGGAGACCGGAUAGCGACAAGCGGCUCAGAUGGUAGAUUCCCGUAUUGCGGCGUCUGUAUCGAUACGACGACGCUGGAAGUCAGCAAGAAAACAGAACGCCCUACAAAGACCGGUGUUGAGGACUCUUUGACUGUAGAUCUGACCAGAAUGCCUGGCCAAACGUUCCAUCGCAAAGCUCUGAAGUAA